AUAUGUAAUAUGAAGUAAUUUGAAAAAAUAAAUUAAAUAGAUAUUUUGUUGAUUCAAAAUGAACUCAUAUGUACUGUGCAUCUUCCAUUACUCAUCUAAAUCUCAUAUACUGGAACUGGAACUUCCAAUUUCAAAUGCUUCACUCUGUAAUAAAUCCUUUAAACGAAGCUCAAAUGACUAGUUCAGCUCACACAUUUGCAUUCCUGCACCCGCCAUUCCUCAAUUCUCGCCGCUCAAGUCUCAGUUUCCCGAUCCCGAACCCCAGGCCACCGACGAGACUGCAGAUCCGGACUCCGAUCAGAGCUCAGGCAUCUCUCCCCGAUCUCGGCAUCGUGAACCGAGCAAUCCUAUUCGUUCGGACCUCGCCGCCGACUUGGCAGUCCGCCGUUGCUAGUAACGCCAUCAUCUUCGCUCUUGGAUCUCCACUUCUGGUCUCCGGCCUGUCGCUUUCAGGUGCGGCCUCCUCGUUCCUGCUCGGCACUCUCACUUGGCGCGCCUUUGGCCCAUCUGGAUUUCUACUUGCGGCUGCCUACUUCAUACUUGGCACUGCUGCAACUAAGGUGAAAAUAGCAGAGAAGGAGGCUCAAGGUAUAGCAGAAAAGAGGAAGGGAAGGAGAGGACCUGGAAGUGUGAUUGGUUCCAGUGCAGCUGCUUGUGUUUGCGCAUUACUGUCGAUCAAUGGGGUCGCUGGUGCUGCUUUCUCUCGUCUUUGGGAACUUGGAUUUGUAGCAUGUUUUUGUACCAAGUUGAGCGACACAGUCUCCAGUGAGAUAGGGAAGGCGUUUGGUAAAACCACAUACCUUGUCACAACACUCAAGACUGUUCCAAGAGGAACAGAAGGAGCAGUGAGUGUGGAGGGGACUUUUGCUGGACUUAUUGCUUCAAUUCUCCUGGCUUCCAUUGCUUGUAUAACGGGUCAGAUAAACAGACCUGAGGUGGCUAUCUGUGUUUUGGCUUCCCAAAUUGCCAACUUUGGCGAAAGUCUGAUUGGUGCUGCGUUUCAGGGGAAGGAAGGGUUUGGAUGGCUGAACAAUGAUGCUGUCAAUGUGAUCAACAUAUCAAUGGGCAGCAUUCUUGCGAUCGUAAUGCGGCUUAGUUUGAACUCCACACCUGGCCUGCUUAAUUCACUAGGUUAACUACUACAAUGUCAUUAAACUAACUGCAAAAUCAUUUAAACUCUUCGGGCGCUGUCGGUUCAUUCAAAUGUGCAGAUUUGAAUUGUCUUGAUGAAUGAACAAUGUUUAGGGGGCUGUUCGUUUGAGGCUUUGAGCUGUUGCUAAUUGCUGUUAGAAUAGCUGUUAACAAUUUGUGUUUGAUUGCACCCUAAAUGUUUAUACUUUGGAGUUUGAAAAUGUUAAACUUUGUGUUUGGAAUUCAACCCACCCUCACAGCAGAUAUAAACGUAAGGGAGACCCAAAAAAAAAGAUGGGUCACUACGAGGCCUUUUAUGAGGUGCUUGAAAACAAAUUCGUGAGUACUUAGCCCAAACUAGACAAUAUCAGCAACAGACUUUGACGUGAGGAAUAUUCAAAGUUAACGGCCGUGACACGGUCACGUAAGCACUGCACGAUACUCCAUCCUUUGCAUGGUUGCCUCUCAUCGCAGUCACCGGGCUUUGGACUCGGAGUCUCUCCCUUGUAGCACUCCUAUGCAUAGUUUUAAGAACCGAACUGGUCCAGGUACUGGUUCACUGGGCGAACCAAUGGUUCAGGUGGUCGAACGAGUGGUUUAAACAUGUUAUAUAUAAUUAUUUUGUUUAAAAUAAAAUUAACUCCUUUCAUAUGUACAUAAAAUUUUAUGAAAUUUGAUUAAAAUUCUAACCACUAU